UGUGUAUUGUGAACAACGGACAUUUACUCAUAAAUAGUUACUUUCAUUAACUUAAUUUUAUUGUGAACAUUUUUAUCAAGUGCCAACUUUAGUUGAGCGUGUUUUACUUUCAAGGCCUGCAUAUAACUUAGUCUUAUAUUGCAAUAUGGCCAGUGUAUUCGUUCGAGUUAUCAACCACGGCAAGAUGUGCUGUGCAUUAAAGUCUGUUGUGAAUGCUCGUUUCACUUUUGCAGUGACGAGCAAGUCACAAGUACGUUAUUCAUCUAGUGAAUUAAAAAACCACAAACGGGGUGAAGUCCAUAAUGACGAAUCUAAAAUACAGAAGUCAGUUUUUAUCUCGCAGUCAGAUGAUAUAUUUACAAAUCUCGCUUUAGAAGAUUGGAUGUAUAAAAACUUUGACUUUACCAACCAUCAUGUUAUGCUUCUAUGGAGGAACUCUCCUAGUGUGGUUGUCGGUAGGAAUCAGAACCCAUGGCUUGAAGCCAAUUGUGGCUUAUUAGCAGAUCAAGGAAUACAAUUAGCAAGAAGGGAGAGUGGCGGGGGUACGGUUUACCACGAUGCUGGAAAUUUAAACCUUACAUUUUUCACUCCAAGACCAAGAUAUAAUCGACGUCAAAAUUUAGAAAUCAUAAGCACUGCUCUUCAUAGAGAAUGGGGAUUAAAAACUGAAAUAAACAAAAAGGAAGACAUCGUCAUCAAUGAUAUGUACAAGAUCUCAGGAACGGCAUCAAAGUUAGGCCGACCAAACUCCUAUCACCAUUGCACACUUCUUGUGGACGUCAACAAAAACCUUCUUAGCGAAGCUCUGCACAAAUAUGAAAAAGGCAUCGAGACGAAAGCUACCCAGAGUGUUCCCUCACCAGUCCUCAACCUGACCGAUGUGAACUCCUCCGUAACCAUCUCACGGCUGAUCAGUUCCAUUGGCUGGGAGUAUCUCCGCACAACUCCACUCUCCCGUAAAGACGGAGGAUGGGACCUCGUGGGCAAACAGCGGGGCUUCCAGAUGAUCAACCCGACCAAUGAUUGGUUUCCUGGACUGGAACAAAUCAGAGACGAGUUCCAAAGCUGGGAUUGGAGGUUUGGGAAGACGCCCAAGUUCACCGUCACCAGAUCGUUUCCCCUGCCUCGGCACAUCACUGUCGGCGGCCGAACUGUCGAGACCAGGGCAGAGGAACAACUAAAGGUCACAUUAACUGUGGUAAACGGACUGGUAGAAGAUGUAGUCAUGAAGAUCCCUCAGACUCUAUCCAUGUCCGAGGAGUUUGAGGAAGACCUCAAGAUGAUCACUUCAAUCCGAGGUCAUCGGUUCACGGAGGAAGCUCUUGACGAACUCAACGCUUCCCUCGGAGCUCAAAUCCACAGAGACGACGGGAAACAUUUUGUCACAGACUGUGUCCGCAAAGUUAUGGCGUCCGUUUGACGACAAUAACUCAACUGAUGUUUCAGUUGCCACUCGGAUAGGAUUCCACGUUAACUUGGUAUUACAAAACUCACUAAAAUGAUCAGAAGUGUACUUAUGUAUAUUUGUUUAUUGUAAUUAUACCUUAUGUAUAAUUUGUUAAGUUUGUUAGCUGUAGAAUAUUUUACUGUAUAGUGAAAGUAAUUUAUUUUAUGAGGAAUUGUCCGAAGUGGAAUAAAAUGAAAAAAUGUA